UUGCUUCCCUCUCACCGGCCCGAAAGAGAAGAGAACCGAGAACACCCGUAAUUUCCAUCAACUAAAUCACUGCGCGCGUACUGUAACGUGUGAGUGUGUUGUGACGGUUGAAGUUUAGCAAGCAUUUGCAACGAAUUCUGGUGGUGAGUGAGUGAAUGCACACAUAGCCACUUGACCUGUAUAGUAAGUAACGUUAGCCAGCUAGCUAACGGUAACGUUAGCUGCUUAUGCUGGAACAGCCAUGUGGUGGUGCCAGAGCCUCUGCUGCCUGAGCAUGAUACAGAUCAGUCUGUCUUGGGCCAGUCAGUGACACGUUGUUGACAAUGGCAGCUUUGAGUGGGUGAUAUGUUUUGUUUUGAACUAUCAUCUGUCAUUCUUGAGAAGACACCGACAUGUGUUGCUCUGCCUUUUUUUCCCAAUAAGGGGCACAUAAUAAGUGAUCCUGCAAGGAGCAGGGAUGGUUUCAUCAGCAACAUAAAAGCACAUGAAAGGGAGGAGUUUCUGUGAUUUAGACCGGAUUCAGCUCUCCUAUUGGUUGAGGGCAGGCCUUGUUUAUACUGUAUGGAAUGUGGAAUAGAAAGGUUGGAGAGUAGUCCUUUUUUUAAACGAGAUGGGCUUGAUAGACGUGGCUGCAUAACAGACAAACAGGACUUGGAGAUUAAGCAAGUAUUUCUCUUUUGGAAGUGCGGGUCAGUUGACCAUGCUGCUACAGAGGCUGUCUCUGUGUGCUGGGCUCCCCUUGGGCCCUAGGACUCGAAGCACCAUCAUCUGCCCUCGUCUUGCUAAACCACUGACACAAGUGUCCCUGGCGCGUGCCAACGGUAACUCCUUUGCUCAUCGUGGGGAGCUGCGCCAGGCCAAGAGGAUUGUGGUCAAACUGGGAAGCGCCGUGGUAACCCGGGGUGACGAGUGCGGCCUGGCGCUGGGCAGGCUGGCCUCCGUCGUGGAGCAGGUGGCCAUGCUACAGAACCAGGGCAGAGAGAUGAUGAUCGUCACCAGCGGGGCGGUGGCCUUCGGCAAGCAGAGACUGAGGCACGAGAUCCUGCUGUCCCAGAGUGUCAGACAGGCCCUGCACUCUGGACAGAACCAGCUCAAAGACAUGUCAGUACCUGUUCUGGAGGCACGGGCCUGUGCGGCAGCCGGACAGAGUGGCCUAAUGGCCUUGUAUGAGGCCAUGUUCACCCAGUACAGCACAUGCACUGCACAGGUACUGGUCACAAACUUGGACUUUCACGAUGACCAGAAGCGGCAGAACCUAAACAGCACAUUACAGGAGCUGCUCCGCAUGAACAUUGUGCCAAUCAUCAACACCAACGACGCUGUGGUGCCCCCGCCCGAGCCCAACAGCGACCUCCAGGGGGUAAACGUCAUCAGUAUAAAGGACAAUGACAGUCUGGCUGCACGCCUGGCUGUGGAGAUGAAGGCAGACCUGCUCAUCGCUCUCUCUGACGUAGAAGGACUGUACGACAGCCCUCCUGGAUCGGAUGACGCCAAACUCAUUGACAUCUUCUACCCUGGCGACCAGCAGUCGAUCACCUAUGGGACAAAAUCCAGGGUGGGUUUAGGAGGCAUGGAGGCAAAGGUAAAGGCUGCCCUGUGGGCCUUACAGGGGGGCACAUCAGUAGUCAUCGCCAACGGCACCCACCCCAAGGUGACGGGCCACGUGAUCACUGACAUCGUGGAGGGCAAGAAAGUGGGCACCUUCUUCUCCGAGGUCAAACCUGCCGGCCCCACCGUGGAGCAGCAGACUGAGAUGGCCCGGAACUCUGGCAGAACCCUGGCAGCCCUGCACCCGGACCAGAGAGGCGCGAUCAUCUGUCACCUGGCAGACCUGCUGGUUGAGAAGAAGGAGGUGAUCCUUGCUGCCAACAAGACGGACAUGGACCUAGCAGCCAAUGCGGGCCAGUUGUCGUCAGCCCUGCUCAAUCGUCUGAGCCUGUCCCCGGCCAAGCUAAAUAGCCUGGCUAUAGGGCUGAGACAGAUAGCCGUGGCCUCUCAAGACAGCGUGGGCAGAGUCCUGCGCAGGACAAGAGUAGCCCACAACUUAGAACUGGAGCAGAUCACUGUGCCUAUAGGAGUACUGCUGGUCAUCUUCGAGGCCCGCCCCGACUGCUUGCCGCAGGUAUCAGCUCUAGCCAUAGCCAGCGGUAAUGCUCUGCUGGCGAAGGGGGGUAAGGAAGCAGCCAACACCAAUCGCGUCUUACAUGAGCUGACCCGGGAAGCACUGGACAUCCACGGGGUCAAAGAGGCUGUACAGCUGGUGAGUACCCGUGAGGAGGUGGAGGACCUGUGUAGACUAGAUAAGAUGAUAGACCUGAUCAUCCCGCGAGGCUCGUCUGAGCUGGUCAAGAACAUCCAGAGAGCAGCCAAGAGCAUCCCAGUGCUGGGCCACAGUGAGGGCAUCUGCCACAUCUACGUCGACUCGGAGGCUGCCAUCGACAAGGUCAUCAAGAUCGUCAGAGACUCUAAAUGUGACUACCCUGCGGCCUGCAAUGCCAUGGAAACACUGUUGGUGCACAGGGAUAUCCUCGGGACCACUCUGUUUGACCAGAUCAUAGACAUGCUCCGCACCGAACGGGUGAAGAUCCAUGCUGGCCCCAGGUUUGCCUCCUACCUGACAUUUAGCCCAUCUGAGGUCAAGUCUCUGAGGACAGAAUACGGGGAUCUGGAGUGCUGCAUCGAGGUGGUGGACAGCAUGCAGGAGGCUAUAGACCAUAUCCACAGAUAUGGCAGCUCCCACACCGACGUCAUUGUGACUGAAAACGAGGACACAGCGGAGCAGUUCCUGCAGCAGCUGGAUAGUGCUUGUGUGUUUUGGAAUGCCAGUUCACGUUUCGCAGAUGGCUACCGCUUCGGACUGGGUGCUGAGGUGGGCAUCAGUACAGCUCGUAUCCAUGCCCGGGGCCCCGUGGGCAUUGAGGGUCUCCUCACCACCAAGUGGGUUCUGAGAGGAGACGGUCACACCGCAGCAGACUUUUCUGAACACGGCACCUUGAAGUACCUCCACGAGAACCUGCCAGUCACACAGCCACAGCCCAGACAGAUGACUGCCCAGCGUGAGGACUGACCGAGGACCUCCAAAUAAGAGACACGCUCAACCAUUUCCCCGAGAGCAAAGCUAUCCCCUGGUACCAAAAAAACACUCCCAUUGUCUUAUUCAUUCAGUCUGGAUCAGAGUUGACAUUUUUAAUUCUAACUCGGCUCUCAAAAGUUUAAUUGCGGUGCUUACCUCACUCAGUAUUCCAGUCACUGCUUGUUCAUGGGCCCUUCCUGUGACCAAGCAGUGAAUACACUCAUUAUUGGUAGCAUUGACCCUGUUGGACUGUAGAAGGUCUCACAUCCUUGGUUCAGGCCUUAAUUGGUCUAGAAGAUAUUAUACGGGAAUAGGGAUGAGUUAGGUGCGUAUACGUUCUCCAUGACGCACACCUAAUGGGAAUUGUUGCUUAAGCUAGUUUACAUCAGCGUUAUUAUCACUAUCAAAAGGUUUCCCACUUGGUUUUAGUUCCUUUUGAUUGGUCUGUCGUGCUGUACAUUUAUGAAUGGCUGCUCAAUCAGGUCAGACCCUUACCCUGAAAGUAUUGAUUUGGUCUCACACCAGAGACUAAUGUGUACAUUUACUCUAAUUAGAAGUGAUACAAGUGUAUAACCAAACCAGUUUUUAUGCUAGGUUUAAGGCUAAACCUAAUUUGGGAAAGGUACUGAUGUGUAAUUUUAUAUAGUGCUUGAUGUAUAGGUCUCCAUGGCCAAACAUUGUAUGAAUUGCUGUUAACAUUACUACUGCAAUCCUUAUUUAUAUGUGGUUAAAUGACUAGUGAUGAACCACUGGAUAAACAAUAUUUAAGUCUUAAAUGUAUUUCGUCAUAAAAAUAUGAGAUUGAUGAAUAAGAAAUUGACCCGAUCUGAUUCGUAAGCCUUCAAGUUAGAUUUUAUAUGUAAGACUUUAUGUUCUUCUUUUGAAUGCAAAUGAUUUAUUCUCCUGCUUUUGCUUUUUUUCAUGCUGUCUAUUAAUGUGGAAUUUACAGUGCCCAGAGCCUCUGUCAAACACAAGAGCAGUAAUUGACAAGCUGCUUCCCAUCUCAUCCAAGGGACUACUGCCUUAAGAUACAGUGCCGCUGUAACAUUCCAGCCUACGAGCUUUUAUAUCUGAUGUCAAGUAACGCACUCUACAGAUCAGUUCAGGUUUUUUGUCAUUCAUAGACCGUAUUGUAGAAUAAAAGUUUUUGUUGAA